AUGAACUUUAUUACAACUCUACAAAGAAUGCGACCGUAUACAUUGGUGCCAACGGAUGAAGAACAACAACAUUUAGAAAUGAUACGUUAUUCGAGCGAAGAUGAAUCCGAUGACAAAGAAACAAGAGUGCCAGAAUUACCUGUAGAGAUUCUUCAUAGAAUUUUCAAACAUUACUUGCUAUCCUUGCCAGAAAUUCCAGGUAAAUUUAGACCUUGGAAUAGUGAGUCAAAAGAAAUCUGUAGGCUAUCACAAGUGAAUCAUACUUUUCAAGCAUUUUUUAAGCCUCUGUUAUGGAAAAGAGUCUGUAUCUUUGGCGCGGAUGAAGAAAAAGAAAAGAUCAAAGAUCGAUCAUGUUGUAGCUGUUUUCAAGUACUUAUACAACAAUUUCGAAAGGUUGAACCAACCGAAGAUUACUCUAACGAUACUUGGGAGUUAGAACAUAAGGCCAGGUCGAAACAUCCUUGGGGAGUACUUGGAAAAAGCAGGACCUUAAAUCGAUCAUGCGGUAGAAACGUGAAAGGUAUUUCAUGGACUGGACCAGGACGUGGAACGUUUUAUGAAAGUGACAUAAAUUUGUCAAAACUUUCUAUCCCUCUAAUUGAUUCGACGGUUGAGAGUAUUUCGGUCGAAAAUGGUUGCUUUGAUCAUGAUAUAUGUAAUUAUAAAGGAACGAUCGAUUGGCUAGAAGACGAUCCGGGAUCUCAAUUUGGCUUUCGGGUAAAACACAAGGAAGAUAAUGAACAACCUACUUUUUGCUACUGGCUCGUACAACAAUGCAUGAUUGGCGCAGAACAUUCUCUAAAAGAAGUCAACUUCGAUUAUGCUACGCCACCGCUAACUAUACCCGCAUUAUACCCUUUAUGGGUGUAUUUCGAAAGGGUCGGAUCAUGGUUCUGUCCUGAUGUGUGGGGCACCGUUCCUGCAACUGAUUACACCCAGGGAAUUGCUUGGUUGCGUAGGCUAUUGCUCCGAUACGAAGGACCGCGGGAAGGCGCUUGGAUUCAAGAUCUUCUGGUAAGAGAGUGUGAAGCAAUCAAGAGAGAAGAACAAGCGGAUAGACAUUAUCUGAUCGAGGGUCCAGAAGGUCCUCCAUAUCAAUCACUUAAGCCAUAUCAAGUUAGGACCUUCCUCCAAACUUUAGGCUUCAGGUAUUUGAACGUGCAGCACGAUAGUCUUGGAUUUGGUCUGGUGGGAGAUAUGGAUUCGAGCAUUUGUGCGAAUCUGGCCAAAGUUGUUGAGAGGUUGAAAAAGGAAGAAGUUACGAAAAAGAAUGAAUGUUUAGGCUCUUCUGUAGAAUCAACAUUCAAAUAUAGAGAUCUUAUAUAG